AUGGAGACAGCAACGUUGCAGUACUGUCCCAUGGAGCACCAAACAGAAGCACUGAAGUUGCUACAGAAUGUGCGCCCUCACCAAACAGCGAUCAGUAGGCCCAGUAAAUUUGGACUAGAAAAACAAGUGACAACCAUCCACGACUCGUCAGCAGCGGCCCGCACAAUAGCAGAAAAGGCGCGUGAAAGUGUCAUUACGCAGCUAAUCGAUAUUCUAACCCAAAUACUCACAGUCGAGGAAGAAAUCAGUCAUAGUUUGUUUCAGGAUCUGAGGACAUUUCUGCAUCCUAAAGUAAGCAUAGAGCUGAGGAACAUCUGUGUGCGCAUGGCAAUGAGGGACUCUGACUGUCAGAAGGACCGGGACCUUAGAGAUCUGCAGGACUGUUUAAAAGCCAUGGUGGACAGUCUGGUGUCUUCUCUCAUCAACAUGAACCAUCCCGUGGCCGUUCAGACAUCACGCACGCUUGAAGAGAUAUAUCUGAGUUUACCUGAAAUCUGAAUAGCUAAUAUCUCACUUUACCUAAUCUCAGGGUUGAUAGCCUAUUGUUUACUUGAAUGUACUUUUUAAAUAAUUUAUUUUAUUUCAAAUUAUUGGAGGUGCAACUAUGUAGGCCUCCUUUGUAAAAAGGAAUGUCCGAAGAAAUGAUACUGGGACAAAAAUGUGUGUUAUGCAAAGUGUUUUAUACAAAUCCUCCUUAAAGGCCUGAAGUUUCUGUCAGUUUGAAAAACCUACCAGUAAUUCCAGUUCCCAACAGUUGUGUACUGUAGACCUGCCCACGGUGGAUUGGC